CACCGUCGCAGUGAAGUUUGAUCUUUCUGCCGCGCCGUAGACCAACCCGGAUGUAGACGCUCGACCCCGACAUUUGCACAUUUUAUACGUUUAGGUCUUAAUUUGUUCCUUUCUUGUUUGUCCCCGGAUUUUGAAGCUAUUUCGUUUACAAAUAAGCGAGAGAAGCCAGCGGCCGCCAUGUUCCUCAGCCUGGCCCUGCUGCGUAAGGGGAUCCCGGGCAAGCAGUGGAUCGGCAAGUACCGGCGUCCGCGGCCCAUCACGUGGCAGAUGAAGCGCAACAUGCUGAAGCAACUGGAGCGCGAGGCCCAGAACGAGUACUGGAUCAGCCGGCCCUACGUGACGCCCGAGCAGGACGCCGGAAGUGCCGCCGAGCGCCGCGCCGGCAACUGGCUGGGCAUCAAGGAGGCCAAGUUCAACAAUUUCCCCCAGCACAAGACCGUCACCGAUCACCUGGCCCAACUCGGCAUGUCCAAGAACUGGUCUGCUUAACGCUUGGGUUUGGACAAGGAAAGACUUUUCAGCGUGUCCGUGCCGUAUUGUGAAGCAGGGCUGAAAGCGUCAAGGUGUUUUGAGUCAUUAAAACACACAAAAAGGCAUGAAAGCAGCAAAAUAUUCAAUAUUAACUGUUGUCCAUGUACAACUUGGUUCUCCACAUGUAUUACUCAUCAUUUAUAUAUAAAACCCAGUUGAAAUACUGCAA